CCGGGUUUUGGGAUUCCUCAACACAAUUGCCGUCAUCAUCAAUCAACUCUAACAGAUCAGAAAACAGAAACCCUAAUCCAACAAUUUCCGAGUUCAGAGACAUCCAAGAAGUAGAAGAAGAAGAAGAAGAAAAGAGAUUUUGAGCUCGCUUGAGGGACAGAAUAAGAGAAGAGAUAGAAAAAAAUGGGAAAGAAGAAGAAGAGAGUAUCUUCAAAAGUGUGGUGCUAUUACUGCGAUCGGGAAUUUGAUGACGAGAAGAUUCUAGUUCAGCAUCAAAAGGCCAAGCACUUCAAGUGCCAUGUCUGUCACAAGAAGCUCUCCACUGCUGGUGGAAUGGCCAUCCAUGUCCUCCAGGUUCACAAAGAGAGCGUCACCAAGGUUCCCAAUGCAAAACCUGGAAGAGAAUCAACUGAUAUUGAAAUAUAUGGAAUGCAAGGGAUCCCACCUGAUAUCUUGGCUGCACACUAUGGAGAAGAAGAAGAAGAGGCUCCAUCAAAAGUUGCCAAAGUGGAUGUUCCAUCUGUUCCGCUUGUUGGUGUAGUGCCAGGAUCAUUGGGUGUUGGAUAUCCUCCACAAACUUUAGGUGCAAUACAGCCAAUUUACAAUUCUGCUGUCCCCGUCCCUCCUGCUGGCUGGCCAGUUCCUUCUCGUCCACAGCCAUGGUUCCCACAACCUCCUGCAGUUUCAAUUCCACCUCCUGCUCCAGUUGGAUAUGCACAGCAGCCAUUGUUCCCAGUGCAAAAUGCAAGGCCCCCUCUGCCCUCAUCUACAGCUCCUGCACUCCAACCUGCACAAGUGGCUCCUCCUGGACUGCCUUCAUCUGCAACACCCAUUCCUGUAUCACAACCAUUAUUUCCUGUUGUUAACAAUAAUUUGCCUCAAAGUUCACCAUUUUCUGCUCCUUUACCUUCAUCAAAUAUUCCAUCAAGCUCCCCUGCAGAAGUUAAAGGUUCUGUGGGUGUGCAUUCAGGAGCUAACAGUUCUCUGACAAAUAGCCACCAUACAAGUAUUCUAGGUGGGACAUUAGCCAAUUCACAUUCGUAUGCCUCUGGUCCAAAUACAGGCGGUCCUUCUAUUGGACCACCUCCUGUGAUUGCUAACAAAGGUCCUACGACCCAACCAGCUGUUAAUGAGGUCUAUUUAGUUUGGGAUGAUGAGGCAAUGUCCAUGGAGGAAAGAAGAAUGUCCUUAGCAAGGUAUCAGGUGCAUGAUGAAACUAGCCAGGUAAGUUACGACUACCUCUUUAAUAUUUGGAGUUGGUUUGCACAUCUAACCAGAUGGGUAGGCUUUAUGCUUGUGCUUUCAGAUACAGUUGUUUAUUCAAUGUUACCUAUUUAGAGAGGUAUUUACUGUAUGAAUUUCUGGGAUAAUUUUUCUUUAUCUAGAACCCCCCAGUUAGGAUAAGAUGUGUGCCUUUGAGUAUAUAUCUUCUGAAUUUCAAUCUCAUUGAUUGAGGGCAUGCUGGUCAUUUUACACUGCAAUUAUAUUGUUUGCAUAGCAAUGCCACCCAAUGUGUGGUUGUCUGAAGAUUCAAGGGGUGUGCAUGUUUAUUUCUGCUGGUAGUUUGUAAUUACUAUUUUGACAAGCUUGCUGGAAACAACUCAUGGAUUCUCCAUCCUUGCAUCAUUCACAGUUAAUGAGUGUAUGUAUUUACUGAUUUGAAAUUUGAAUUUGUGUUAUUUACUUGCCCUAUGCUUUGACUUCGAAGUGUGGGGGUUUGGGUGGAAACAAGAUGAUACCCAACAGAUUUUUUGCUCAUUCGUAGCAUCAUUUCAAUUUAUUUUUAUCGUUGAACAGUGAAUUCAGACUUGGCCCAGGUCAGCUUCUUUCGCGAAGUUUGGUAUCUUUUGCAUCGGACCAAGCUUUCAAAUAUCUGGUUUGUCAACCGAUUUAUUUAUAUCCACAGUUCAUAUGUUGAUCCUUUCUGUUGGUUGGUGCAUGUUUUCAGAUGAGUUCAAUCGAUGCAGCCAUUGACAGAAGGAUACUGGAAAGCAGGCUUGCUGGUCGAAUGGCAUUUUAGAUCAAUUAGUGGCCAUGAUAUACAUAGCUGGAUUUAACAGAAUUCACAUGGACUGCAAGUGGAUCCUCAUCAUAAUUGUCAUUGCUUGGAUCCUUCGGAGAACCAAUCCUGUAUGUUGUAUUGUUUGUGAGAAAGUGAGGUAGACGAGGGCCAUUCUUUAGCGUGUAACAAACAUCAGAUUCUGCUUCUUUAUUGUUUCUUUUUCUUAUGUUAAUUCAUCAAAAGUCUGUUAGGAUAUAGAUAUUGAGUUUGCCUAGACGCGCUGGUGCUGAAUUUUUUCAUUACGCCUUUUCUGGUCAACAUUGUAACUUAGAAUUGCUCAUUAUUUAUUUUGGUGAUAUCAGAAUUAAUUUCAUCGUUCAAGUUGAAA